AAAUGUUGCUUUUUACUUUGGUGUUAUUGUUAGAUAAACGAUUCAGUUUUGCGUUUACUAUUAACUGAUAAGAUGUAUCGUACGUUUCUCUCAUUGUUCGGUAUCAUUACAUUGCUUGGAUGUUCAUUUGCCGAGCCUUGCGUUCACCCUCUUGGAAUAGAAGACAGAACAAUUCAACUGACAGCAUCAUCUGAAAUCGACAAUUACCAUAGAGCUGAUCGUGGAAGACUGAAUACUGUACAUGAGUCCGACAAUGGUUAUGGAUCAUGGGUCGCUUAUUACCAAGACCAAAAUCAAUGGAUUCAAGCCCACCUCGGUUCUUUGUUGAAAGUAACCGGAGUGAUAACACAAGGUCGACAGGAUUUAGAUCAGUGGGUGACGUCAUAUAAAGUUCUUCACAGUACUGGUGGCAACUUUGAAGAAAUCCUCGACGCCAGUGGUCAUGUUGCAUUUCUUGACAGACUGUGUUUGCUUGGCUUUGUCGUGUCAGCUCGUUGUACAAAAAUGGCGUCAAUGGCCAAGAAUACCAAAUAUGACAAUAUAAAAAUUAGCGGUAUAUUACUAUUUACGGUAAACACGUUUUGCUUUGAUGCUCUUGGGGUCGAAGACGGAACAAUUCCUCCAGAAAAACUGACAGCGUCAUCUGAACACGACAGUUUUCAUGGCGCUCAUCGUGGGAGGCUUAACACCGUACGAGACGGCUCUGGUACAGGAGCAUGGUCGGCUGGACCCAAAGACCAAAAUCAAUGGAUUCAAGCUGACUUAGGUUCUUUGUAUAAGGUAACUGGAGUAAUUACACAAGGUCGACAUAAUAAUGACCAGUGGGUGACGUCAUAUAAAGUUCUUUACAGCUCUAAUGGUGACAACUUUGAAGAAAUCAUGGACGCCAAUGGUCAAGUUGCAGUGUUCAAUGGAAAUUCGGAUAGAAACAAUGCCGUUAUCAACAUGCUGCAUGAUUAUGUCUAUGCUGAAUUCAUCCGAAUCAAUCCGACCAAUUGGCAUAAUCAUAUAAGUUUACGAUUCCUGUCUCUUAUACACAUCUAG